AAGAGGCUCCAUCUCCACUGCACCACUGAGCUCUUUCGUUUGGACACGUCAAAGACUAGAAUUUGUUUGGUUAAAAACUGAGGAGAUGGAAGUGACUCGUAGUUUCUCUUUUUUGGACAAGUUUCUUCGAAAGUCUUUCACAGAAGAAGCAUAUUGAGUUUCUCGACAAUAUAAUUGUCAUCUUCUUCUGUCUUUUCUGAGGAAGUUUGCGGUGGCUUAAAGCACCAUCGUGCGGAGAAUACGAUAAGGCUCUUCCUUCAUUUGAAGUUAUUGACAAUUGAAUCGAGCCGCUCAAUUGGUCAAUUAUGGAGUCAAUAAAGGUUUGCAUGAACGCACUGUGCGGAGCAGCCUCUACGUCGGGUGAGUGGAAAAAAGGCUGGCCUAUGCGAUCCGGUGAUUUAGCCUCUCUCUGCGAUAAGUGUGGGUCUGCAUACGAGCAAUCCAUUUUCUGUGAAGUGUUCCAUGCCGAGGAAUCUGGUUGGAGAGAGUGUAAUUCAUGUGACAAGCGUCUUCACUGUGGAUGCAUUGCUUCUAGAUUUAUGAUGGAGCUUCUAGAGAAUGGCGGUGUUACCUGUAUAAGUUGCGCCAAGAAAUCCGGACUAUUUUCUAUGAAUGCGAGCCAUAUAUCUAACGGUAGGGACUUCCCCUCAUUUGCUUCAGCAGAGCAUGUAGGAAGUGUUCUCGAGAGGACAAAUCUCAAGCACUUGCUUCACUUUCAAAGAAUCGACCCCACUCAAUCUUCUCUUCAAAUGAAACAAGAAGAAUUGCUGCUUCCUUCCAGACUAGAUGCUAUUAGACACAAAGCUGAAAGGAAAGAAUUGCAGGAAUUAUCUGCACAGCCAAACUUGAGCAUUUCACUUGGACCUACGCUUAUGACAAGCCCAUUUCAUGAUGCUGCUGUUGAUGACAGAAGUAAGACUAAUUCGAUUUUCCAACUGGCCCCUCGGUCCAGGCAGCUGCUUCCAAAACCUGCAAAUUCAGCUCCCAUUGCUGCUGGCAUGGAGCCUAGUGGGAGCCUGGUGUCACAGAUUCAUGUCGCUCGGCCUCCUCCAGAAGGUCGCGGGAAGACCCAAUUGCUUCCCCGUUAUUGGCCUAGGAUUACUGACCAAGAGCUGCUGCAAUUAUCUGGACAGUAUCCUCAUCUCUCAAAUUCCAAAAUUAUACCACUCUUUGAAAAAGUUCUGAGUGCAAGCGAUGCGGGUCGUAUUGGUCGACUGGUUCUUCCGAAAGCAUGUGCAGAGGCAUAUUUCCCCCCUAUCUCUCUACCCGAGGGUCUCCCGUUAAAGAUACAAGACAUAAAAGGGAAAGAAUGGGUGUUCCAGUUCAGGUUUUGGCCUAAUAAUAACAGCAGGAUGUACGUUUUGGAGGGUGUGACUCCUUGCAUACAGUCCAUGCAGUUGCAAGCUGGUGACACUGUUACAUUCAGCCGUACAGAACCUGAAGGAAAACUCGUAAUGGGAUACCGUAAAGCGACAAACUCUACAGCGACACAGAUGUUCAAGGGAAGCAGUGAACCCAAUCUAAACAUGUUUUCCAACAGCUUGAAUCCGGGAUGUGGUGACAUCAAUUGGUCUAAACUAGAGAAGUCUGAGGACAUGGCAAAGGAUAACUUAUUUCUUCAGUCAUCCCUAACUUCUGCUAGGAAACGGGUUCGGAACAUUGGGACUAAGAGCAAGCGUCUGCUCAUUGAUAGCGUAGAUGUUCUGGAACUGAAAAUAACUUGGGAGGAGGCACAGGAACUGUUGCGGCCGCCCCAAUCCGCCAAACCCAGCAUCUUUACGCUGGAAAAUCAGGAUUUUGAAGAAUAUGACGAACCACCAGUUUUCGGGAAGAGGACCCUUUUUGUGUCACGUCAAACAGGGGAACAAGAGCAAUGGGUGCAGUGUGAUGCUUGUGGGAAAUGGCGACGGCUGCCUGUGGAUAUUCUUCUUCCACCAAAGUGGUCGUGCUCUGAUAAUCUCUUGGAUCCUGGCAGGUCUUCAUGUUCCGCACCUGAUGAGCUCUCUCCUAGAGAACAGGAUACACUUGUCCGGCAGAGCAAAGAGUUCAAAAGGAGGAGACUGGCAUCAUCAAACGAAAAGCUAAACCAGUCGCAGGAGGCAUCUGCUCUGGAUACUUUAGGAAAUGCAGGCAUCACCACUACCGGUGAACAGGGGGAAAUCACGGUGGCAGCCACGACCAAGCACCCAAGACACCGGGCAGGGUGUUCGUGCAUCGUCUGCAGCCAACCACCGAGCGGAAAAGGCAAACACAAGCCGUCAUGCACUUGUACUGUGUGCGAGGCAGUGAAGAGAAGAUUCAGAACGCUCAUGCUGCGGAAGCGGAACAGGGGAGAGGCGGGACAGGCAAGCCAGCAGGCGCAGUCACAGUCAGAGUGCAGGGACGAGACAGAAGUGGAGAGCAUUCCAGCAGCGGUUGAACCAGCCGCAGGGGAAAACAUUGACUUAAACUCAGACCCGGGGGCUUCCCGAGUAAGCAUGAUGAGGCUUCUCCAAGCUGCAGCUUUUCCUCUGGAAGCAUAUCUGAAACAAAAGGCUAUUUCCAAUACGGCAGGAGAACAGCAAAGCAGUGAUAUGGUAAGCACGGAGCAUGGUUCGUCCUCAGCCGCACAAGAACAUGAGAAAGACACAACAAAUGGAGCUCAUGAUCCUGUAAACUAAACAGCUUUGGAAUCCUCCAUGAGUAUUCGUUAGUGGUAUGUGUUUCUUUAUUUAUACAAAAACUUCUUCGGUUUCGUCCCAAAUUGGUGAAAUGGUUGCGACCAUUCUGCCAAUUGUCGACCAAAGAAAUGAGGAAUUUGUAG